AUGACCCUCACCCCCCAGCAGAUGUGCGACGACGCCUUCGUCCCCCGCAUCGCGCGGCUUCUCGCCAGCUUCCACGCCGUCCGCGUCGACCUGCCGCGGGAGCCGCGGCUGUUCUUGACGAUCCGGGGGUGGCUCCAGAUGGCAGAGGCCCUCAAAUUUGAAACCUCGGACCCUAAGGCGGCCGCCUAUGCCGCCUUGGACUUCCGGGCGAUCGAGGGGGAGCUCGAAAAGGUGGAGGCGGCGUGCGCGGCGGCGGGGUCGCCGGUGGUGUUUGGUCACAACGACCUUCUGAGCGGCAACCUGCUGGUGCUGCAGCAGCCAGGGUUCGAUCCUGCGUCACCGGAUGUGGAAGGGCCACUCACCGUGAUUGACUUUGAGUAUGGGUCAUACACAUACAGGGGGUUUGACUGGGGCAACCACUUCAAUGAGUAUGCAGGGUUUGAGUGCGACUACACGCGGUGA